CCCCCCACCCGCCUCACAUUGAGCAGUUGCGUCAGGUUUAAGGCGGUUUGAGGCUCCUGGAAGUCCUUAAUUAUAGCCAAGUAUAUAAAGUGUAUACUUAAAACUUUCAAUUAUGAGUGAAAGUAGUAGGUAGCCUUUGCUUUAAACGUAAGCAGUGACUGUUUGCGUUUUUGUGUAUUGUUGUGUUAAGUGUUUUGUAAAUUAUUAGCUUCAAUUUUUGAGGUUAUUAGCUCGAGUUCAUACAUUCUCAUCAUGAAGUUCAUCAUUGCUAUUGGCGGAGUGACUAACGGGGGUAAGACGACGCUCACGAAUCGCCUGAUGAAGGUGUUGUCAAACUGUUGCGUUGUCCACCAGGAUGACUUCUUUAAGCCCCAGGACCAGAUUGCCAUAGGUGCGGAUGGAUUCAAGCAGUACGAUACCCUGGAGGCCCUGGACAUGGAGGCGAUGGUGGCGACAGUGCGUGCCUGGGUGGAAAACCCACGCAAGUUUGCGCUGUCGCACGGCGUGGAGGCCACGGGGACUGAGAUUGAGGACAAGGACACAGACUCCCGCCUGCACAUCCUCAUCGUCGAGGGCUUCCUCCUCUACACCUACCCGCCCCUUAUGGAUCUCCUUGACCAGAAGUUCUUCAUCAGCAUUCCUUACCAAGAGUGUAAAUUACGUCGCAGCACUCGCAACUACACUGUUCCGGACCCCCCGGGACUUUUUGACGCUCACGUGUGGCCCAUGUACCUGAAAAACCGCGCUCAGAUGAAUGUACUGGACGCCAAUAUUGUUCACUUGGACGGCAGAAGCUCCCGCGAGUCGCUCUUCACGGAGGUGUUCAACGCCGUGCAAGAGAGACUCAACACGUUGCUUUGAGGCACCGUGGGGUGGAUUCGUACGAAGAAGUGAUGGCCCAAAAACCCCGCAAAAACAAGCUUGCCGAAGAUUAUAUUGAUUUUAACACGAUACGGCCAUUGUCAUUGUUUCCGCGUUUUUAGUUUUGUGUUUUUACAUCAACGCCGGCUUUACGAUAAAGUUAUUGUUUUAAGUUAUGUUAGUACACACUUGAUAUAUUUUACAUUUGUCGCUGAAAUGUACGUUGUAAAUGCUUCGUUUUCAUCAGCCCAUGUUGCGUUGCUGUGUUCAUAAUUCCCCACUCUCACAGUAGGAAGGUUGUGAGGUGAAAUCUUUCGAGGGUCACAACUCAACCCCAUCAUGCCAGUAGGGGAGAUAAAAUGAAAACACCACUUGAGUGUGUCCUGUGGAUAAAACUUUUCCCUGCCAUAUGAAUGUGGAAUUACCACGACACUCUGGUCUGCCAACAGAGAGAUGAGUCGCAUCAUGCUUUGUACAAGUGGAAAAUGUUUGUAUAUAUAAAUGUUGAUGAAGUUAUGUUUUAAAGUGAAAGUCAUCCAAUCAAUGCCAUUGACUCUUGUUUUUGCUGAUCCCGAGUUAGGUCUGUAUACUAUACUUGGCACUGAAACCACCUCACUUAAGUCUAGUUUAAUUCUGCCAUAGGAAUGUGGAAUUGUCACCACUGGCACAGGAUCCCCAACCAAGAUGCAACGCCCCGCACUCGCUUGGGCAGGGAGACGAGACGCGUGUUUGCAUUGUGUGACCACGAGGGAUGAUUUCCCUGUUCAGAUGAAUUAAAAAAUAUAUAUUUAGAGUGACGUGGAAAAUGUGGCAUCACGGGAAGUGAAGUCGCUUCUAUGGCGUCACUUCUUACCAAAAGUUGCGUGACAUCUGUUUUGAUCAUCGCCGUUGCUUUUGCAAAAUUGUAAAACCAAUAAAUAACGUUUUUAUUGA